UACAAUGGAUUUUUAUCUAUUCUCCCUUGUUUCAGUGGCCUUCGUUUUGUUAGCUACAAAUAUAAACUCAGUUCAUGCACUUUCCUUCAAUUUCACCGAACUCACCCCUAGUAAUCCUGAUUUAAUGCUUCAAGGGGAUGCCCAUUUUAUAGCUACAAGUGGUUUUGUGGCUCUGACCAACGGUUCUACUGCCCGUGCCACAGGACGUGCCUUAUAUAAAACACCUGUGACCCUUUGGAACGAAACUACUGGCCAAGUUACCAGCUUUUACACUUCCUUUUCGUUCAUUGCAGAAUGUCCGGAAGGAAAGAUUCCGACUGAUGGAUUGAUCUUUUUCAUUGCACCACCGGACACUGUGAUUCCCGAUAACUCAGAUAGUCAAUAUCUAGGAGUAGUUGAUGAGAAAAAAGCAAUAAAUCUAUUUGUUGGUUUAGAGUUUGACCUUUAUUCCGAUACUUUUGAUCCCAAGAUGAAACAUAUUGGAAUCGAUGUCAACUCUUUAAUUUCCCUCAGAACCGAGAAAUGGAACUGGGUGAAUGGUUCAUGGACAGAAGUAAGUAUAAUCUAUGACUCUCCUUCUAACACGUUGAGUGCUCUUGUCACUUAUGAGAAUGGAGAAUAUUCUAGCAUUGCACAAGCGGUUGAUUUGAAAACUGUGCUUCCCAACAUUGUUAGGAUUGGUUUUUCUGCUACUACAAUAACUGCUACAUCACACAUCAUCCAUUCAUGGUCAUUUAGAUCAAACUUGGAAACAACUACAAGCAAUGUCUCAGACAUAUGAAUAAUGCUACUUACUAGCAACUACUAUUUCUAAAUAAGACUCCUGCUUACAAGCAGCUUGUGUUUUCUUUUAUUUAAGCUUGUGUUUUCUUUUAAAAUAAAGACCAUUUGAAAUUGGCGCAAUGCGAUUAUUUUCAAAAGUAAGUCGUUUAGCUUCACCGAGUGCAUGUCGGAGAUUAUUUUCAACUCUUGGAGGUGGCUUGUAUCUUUUUAUAAAAUAGUUGUUAUUGUAAUUUUCAU